AUGAACCAAAGUACAAUGAGUAGUUCUUAUUCGCAGGACUUCCCAAAAUCCUCAGCGAAUGUCUACUUCGAAGUUGCCCAUCCCUUUCGUAUUGCCUCGAUCCACUCGCCAAAUCCGCCCUAUGAUGUGAAAUCGCCAGCGAGAGUUUCUUGGAAUUCAUACCGUUAUGAGUGGCUUUGGGCACCGAUGCCUUCUGCUCUUUCUGAAGAGGACUUGGGCUUUUCAUGGUCUUAUGGAUCGAACAAAGCUAGCGUUGUUAUGUCAGGAAUUGAGUAUAUUGUGUCUGUUAUCUGUAUUGGGUUAACAUUUCUUGUUUAUAUACUGAUAGCAGUAUCUAUCUAUAGGAUGACAAGAGGAGUUGUCUCUGUUAAACGUAGAGAAAUUGUUUUGGUAGUUCAUGCAGCGCUAUUGUUUUUCACACUUACUACACUAAUCACAUGUUGGCAUUACUACAGCAUUUUUCUACCUGAGUCAGUGUGGACGUACUUUUCUAUCAACAUUUACUGGAUGUUGUACUGCGGGCUUAAUCCUAUACUGCACAUGGCAUUCUCAAAGCAAAUGCGCACUUCCUGGUUACGUUUCAUUGGAUGUACGGUCCUGCGGAGAGAUAGAAAGACUAUUUCAGUAGUCGCGGCGACUUCCUACCGAUAG